GGCCCAACCUCCCGUCGCCGCCUCCCCAGCUCCAGCGCAGCCAUGGCGGCCACCGUUUUCGUGCUAGCGGUCGAGUGGCGGCGGCAGGCCCUGAGGGGACUGCAGUGCCAAAAAUGGAUUCGGAUACCAAGAGCCAGAAAAUACUCUUCUGCGAAAGGACAAAGCAAAAUUGAGAAAGUCCUUGUGGCAAAUCGAGGCGAAAUAGCAUGCCGGGUGAUGAGGACUGCCAGGAAGAUGGGGGUGAAGUCUGUGGCAGUUUACAGUGAUGCUGACAGGAGUUCAAUGCAUGUUGCGAUGGCAGAUGAAGCAUAUUUCAUUGGCCCAGCACCAUCUCAGCAAAGCUACUUAGCCAUGGAAAAGAUAAUGCAGGUAGCCAAAAAAUCAGCAGCGCAGGCUAUCCACCCAGGCUAUGGCUUCCUGUCAGAAAACACAGAGUUUGCAGAGCUCUGCAGCAAAGAAGGAAUCAUUUUUAUAGGUCCACCUUCAUCUGCCAUCAGAGAUAUGGGCAUUAAGAGCACUUCCAAGGCUAUAAUGUCCGCUGCUGGGGUUCCUGUUGUUGAAGGUUACCAUGGUGAAGAUCAAUCUGACAAUUGUUUAGAGGAGCAAGCCAGAAGAAUAGGGUAUCCAGUCAUGAUCAAAGCAGUUCGUGGAGGUGGAGGAAAGGGUAUGAGAAUUGCUCUCUCAGAAAAAGUGUUUCAGGAACAAUUAGAAUCAGCAAGGAGAGAAGCAAAGAAGUCUUUCAAUGAUGAUGCCAUGUUGAUAGAGAAAUUUGUAGAUAAUCCAAGGCACGUAGAAGUUCAGGUAUUUGGAGACCAGCACGGCAAUGCAGUUUAUCUGUUUGAAAGGGAUUGUAGUGUACAGAGAAGACAUCAGAAAAUUAUUGAAGAAGCUCCAGGGCCAGGAAUUAAGCCUGAAGUAAGAAGGAAACUUGGAGAGGCAGCUGUCCGGGCAGCUAAAGCCGUGAACUACGUUGGAGCAGGAACGGUGGAAUUUAUUAUGGAUAGUGAACAUAAUUUCUAUUUCAUGGAGAUGAACACCAGGCUGCAAGUGGAGCACCCAGUUACUGAGAUGAUCACAGGGACAGACUUGGUGGAGUGGCAACUUAAGGUUGCUGCAGGAGAAAAGAUUCCUUUGACUCAGGAAGAGAUCUCUCUCAAGGGACAUGCUUUUGAAGCUAGGAUCUAUGCCGAGGAGCCAAACAACAACUUCAUGCCAGGGGCCGGACCCUUAUUGCAUUUGUCCACACCAUCCUCUGACAGCUGCACCAGGAUAGAAACUGGGGUAAGACAAGGGGAUGAGGUUUCAAUACACUAUGACCCAAUGAUUGCUAAGUUAGUUGUUUGGGCAGAGGAUCGUCAAGCAGCAUUAAGGAAAUUAAGGUACUGCCUUCAACAAUAUAAUAUUGUAGGACUAAGCACCAAUGUUGAUUUCUUACUGGAUCUCUCAGGCCACCCAGAGUUUGAGGCUGGAAAUGUUCACACCAAUUUUAUCCUUCAACACUAUGAUGACCUGUUUCCACCUAAAACGGCAAUAUCUGAAAUGGCUUUAUGUCAGGCAGCUCUAGGACUCGUACUGAGAGAGAAAAUGAUGACUGAGACUUUUAAAAUUCAGUCAGGAGAUAAGUUCUCUCCAUUUGCAUCCAGCAGUGGCAGAAGAAUAAAUAUACCCUACAUUAGAAACCUGGCUCUUUUAGAUGGUGAAAAUAAAGUGAAUAUGACUGUAACCUACAAUCGUGAUGGAUCAUACGACAUGCAGAUACAGGAUCAGUGUUUCCAUGUUUCUGGAGACCUUUCAAAUGAUGGUGAUUCAGAGUACAUAAGAAGUUCAGUGAAUGGAGUUGUUAGUAAAUCCAAGGUGGUGAUUUUGGACAACGCUAUUUAUCUCUUCUCGCAGGAAGGUAGUGAGCGGAUUGGUCUUCCCGUGCCAAAAUACUUAUCUGGAGUGAGUUCAACUGGGGAUCAGGGUGGGGCUGUGGCCCCUAUGACGGGGACAAUAGAAAAGGUGUUUGUGAAAGCUGGAGAUAAAGUCCAGGUUGGGGACCCACUGAUGGUUAUGAUAGCUAUGAAAAUGGAGCAUACCAUACGGGCUCCAAAGGCAGGAAUAAUAAAGAAGGUUCAUUACCAGGAAGGAUCACAGGCCAACAGACAUGCUCCACUAGUUGAGUUAGUGGAAGAAGACUCUGAAUCAAAAUAAUCCCCAAUGAAUACAAGUGUCUGCAGUUUCUGGGACUUGCUACGCUAGAAUAAAAGAAAUCAUCCUGAAGGGCUGGCUCACAUAUGCACGGACAACCUUUCUCAUCGCUUGGUUACUCAGCAGCAGAUACAGAAACAAGAGUCUUGUGGCACCUUAAAGACAUACAAAUUUACGAUACCAUAACACGAUAAUAGAUUAUAAGUCCAGUUCAUGAAGUGUUAUCCUGAGUUGCAGGCACACAUAUACAUAGUUAGGGGCAGAAUUGUUAAACAAGUGAGGUCAGAAGAAAAUGCAGAGAAGUACGGACAGUGGUAAUUACACAUUUAACAGUGGCCAUUUACAAAAAAAACAGUUGGACUGAUUGCACAGACAUCUUGGCUGAAAGGAAAAACUAUCUUCAGUUGAGAAUGGAUGAUAUGACAGUUCUGUCUGUUGUAAAGGAUUCGUGAUGGCUCAUUUGCAUGUGCAAGUCAUCACUGGAUGCUAUAAUCAGUGAGUGAUGAAUAUAGAUGUCAGAACUGGGCCAGAGAUGGCCUUGGAAUCAAAAGAACAGCAAUAUGUGGUCAUAUUGCCACUCAGCCAUCUCUUCUGGACAAGUUGCACUCCCAAUUCCCUAUUGGCACACAGGAUAGGUGUUGCGGAUGUGGAGGGGCUGUGAAACUUUGCAUAGCAGAAACAGGAAGUGAACAAAGCAGACUCUUGGGGCGGCAUAAAUGGACAAAAUUCUAUUGAAAUGAUUAAUGAUGAUAAUGUACCUACCUUAGCAAAAAAUACCUAAAAAACCACAAAAUCCUGUUCCCUGCAUGGAUGUGAUGAUAAAUAAUUGUCUCAAAGGACUAGGUUCUGAGAAUGAAUUACCUCAGUUAUUUUGAAGUAAGCCAUUGGUCGAAAUUGCAAGUUGUAGGCUGCUUAUUCCUGAGCUAAUUAGAUCUGGAAUCUCCGUUGCCAAUUCAUCAUGAACAUUUCUAAGUGAGAAAGUCCCAUAUUAUACAGUACAUUAACAUUCUGUAAUAAGAUAGUAACACUGAAAUCCAACUCUCUCCAAUAUGUCUUCACAUCUCAGUUUACACUUUCAUCCUUAUCCAAAGAAGGUCCAUGAGCAGAAGCAAACUUCCACCCACGUGUCAGGACCUGCAAGCACAAAUUGCCUUGGUCGCCUUGGCGGAUGAUAUGAGGAGGGCGUUGGAUAGGGGCCAAUGCACCUUCCUUGUCCUGGAUCUCUCAAAGGCUUUUGAUACCGUUGACCACAGUAUCCUUCUGGACCGCCUGAAGAGGUUAGGCAUAGGGGGCACUGUAUUGCAGUGGUUCCGUUCCUUCCUCUCUGGUAGGUACCAGAGAGUGGGAUUGGGGGAUGAGGUUUCGGAUCCUUGGCCUCUCACUUGUGGGGUGCCACAGGCCUCCAUCCUCUCCCCAAUGCUGUUCAACAACUAUAUAAAGCCGCUGGGGGCUAUCAUCAGGAGAUUUGGGCUGCAGUGUCACCAGUAUGCGGAUGACAUGCAGCUCUAUCAUUCAAAUCUUCACCGAGGUUGGCUGUAGAAACCCUGUCCAAGUGCCUGGAGUUGGUGAGCAGCUGGAUGGGAAGGAAUAAGCUGAACCCUGACAAAACCGAGGUACUGUUUGUGGGAGACAAGGGAAGGUUGGAGGAUGUUGACCUGGUGCUCAGUGGGGUACAAUUGCCCCUGAAAGACCAGGUGUGCAGCCUGGGGGUCAUUCUUGACUUCCAGCUGUCCAUGGAGGCUCAGGUCUCGGCUGUGAGCCGGGCAGCACUGUAUCAACUCCAUCUGAUACGGAGGUUGUGCCCCUACCUUCCCAACCAUCUGCUUCCAUCUGUGGUACAUGCCCUGGUCUCCUCUCGCCUAGACUACUGUAAUGCGCUAUAUGUGGGGUUACCCUUGAAAACGGUCUGGAAGCUGCAACUGGUACAGAAUGCGGCGGCUCUCCUGAUUAAAGGCAGCCACCGGCGAGAUCACAUCACUCCAGUGCUGAAGGAGUUGCACUGGUUACUGGUUUUCGGGCCCAAUUCAAGGUGCUGGUUCUGACCUUUAAAACCAUGUACGGUUUCGGCCCAGUCUAUCUGAAGGAGCGCCUCCAACAUCAUCAGGGAUGCCGCUCAACAAGAUCAGCCUCAAAAGGCCUUCUCUCUAUCCCACCAGUUAAAACAUCUAGACUGGUGAGACCUAGGGAGAGGGCUUUUUCAAUUGUGGCCCCCACUUUGUGGAAUUCCCUCCCAAAUGAUCUCCACCAUGCCCCUCUAUGAUGAGGUUCCGCCGGGCUUUGAAGACCUGGCUCUUCAGGCAGGCUUUUGGGGUGGGUUAGGUUUUAUUAUUGUUGUUGAGAUUUUUAGUGUUUUAAUGUAUUUGUAUGUUUUUAUUUUGUACGUC